AGAGAAGAUGGCGUCCCGCGGCGCCGCUGCCAAGCGAGGAGCCGGUUCCGGGGGCUCUCGGGGCCCUGAGCCCCAAGAAGAGCCGCCUCCCCCGCUCCAGGCCGUGCUGGUCGCCGACAGCUUCAACCGCCGCUUCUUCCCCGUUUCCAAGGACCGGCCCCGGGCUCUGAUUCCUCUGGCAAAUGUGGCUAUGAUAGAUUACACCCUGGAGUUCCUAACAGCAUCUGGGGUGGAGGAAACCUUCGUCUUCUGCUGUUGGAAGUCAGCAGAGAUCAAGGAGCAUUUACAAAAGUCUAAGUGGUUGAGUCCGACUUCUCCAAACACAGUGCGGUUUGUGACCUCCGACCUCUACCGCUCACUUGGGGAUGUUCUGAGGGACGUUGAUGCCAAGUCACUUGUUCGUUCUGACUUCAUCCUUGUCUCCGGAGAUGUGGUGUCCAAUAUUAACAUCUCCACAGCUUUACAGGAACACAGGAUACGGCGUAAGCUGGAGAAGAAUGUGUCUGUGCUGACAAUGAUUUUCAAAGAGUCUGAGCCAGGUCACCGGGCCCGGUGUCAAGAGGACGACGUUAUCCUUGCCAUGGACGGUGCUACAAAACGAGUAUUGCACUACCAGAGAACUCAAGGGCUGAAGCGCUUCCGGUUUCCCCUGGGCUUGUUCCAGAGCAAUAUUGAAGAGGUGCAAGUACGGCAUGAUUUGUUGGACUGUCACAUUAGCAUCUGCUCCCCACAGGUGGCUGAACUGUUCACAGAUAACUUUGAUUAUCAAACUCGGGAUGACUUUGUCCGGGGCCUUUUGGUGAAUGAAGAGGUCCUGGGCAACCAGAUCCAUAUACACGUGACAUCAGAAGAGUACGGUGCUGCCGUCUCCAACCUGCUGAUGUAUGAGUCGGUGUCCUCCGACGUCCUUCAACGCUGGGUCUAUCCAAUGACUCCGGAGAUGAACUUCACGAAUGACAAGAGGCAAAGCUGCACUCAUUCCCGGCACAAUAUCUACCGGGGGGCGGAGGUGAGCCUGGGCCAUGACAGUAUACUGGAAGAGAAUGUCCUCAUUGGGCAGGGAACAUCGGUUGGCCAAAAAUGCUCCAUAACCAACAGUGUCAUUGGCCCCAACUGCAAGAUAGGUGACGAGGUGAUUCUGGACAGGGCGUUCCUCUGGAAUGGUGUCUGUGUAGGAGACCAUGUGAAAAUCCUGCAGUCGCUGGUUUGUGAUGAGGCUGAGGUGAAGAAAGGGGUGACGUUGAGCCCUCACUGUGUUCUCACUUCGCAGGUGGUGGUGGGCCCCGAUAUCGUCCUUCCGGAAGGCACAGUCAUCUCCCUGCAUCCCGCAGAUGAGGAAGAGGAUGACGACGAUGAGUUCAGUGAUGAUUCCGGUGUGAACAAAGAGGAGAGCAAAGUGAGGCUAAAAGGUUACAAUACUGCUAAAGUUGGCCAAGAGGGCAAAGGUUACCUCUGGAAAGCAGAAGAUGAGAAUGACGUGGACCAAGAGGAGCAAAGGCAGAGUCUUUGGGGACCCACAAUAAACGCAGAAGAAAGUGAGACGGAAAGUGAAACAAGUCUGGGGUCGGAGCAGCCGGACAGUCGGUCGGCUUCCCCUCAGCUGGAUGACAUCAAAGUUUUCCAGAAUGAGGUGCUGGGUACGUUGCAGAGGGGUGAAGAGGAAAACAUCUCCUGUGACAACCUGGUUCUGGAGAUCAACUCUCUCAAGCAUGCCUAUAAUAUUGGCUUGAAAGAGGUCAUGGAGGUGCUCAGCAAGGUGGUUCUGGAGUACCCUCUGCACCAAAUAAACACGGAAAAGGAUCCCCAACAAGAUCCCCAACGCUACUGCAUGCUGCUAGUCCAACUACUGAAGAAUUGGGCUCCCCUCUUCAAGAACUACAUAAAGCGGGCGUCAGAUCACUUAGAUGCUUUGCACACCAUUGAAGAGUUCUUCCUGGAACAUGAAGCGCUGUGCAUGUCCAUGGCCAAAGUGCUGAUGACUUUCUAUCAGUUGGAAAUCUUAGCAGAAGAGAUGAUCCUCACCUGGUUUUCUCAACGAGACACAUCUGAUAAAGGCAGGCAGCUUCGUAAAAACCAACGACUUCAGAAGUUUAUCCAGUGGCUGGAGGAGGCUGAAGAGGAGUCGUCCGAAGGAGAGCAAAACUGACUUGACAACCUCCGUCAGAAAGUUCUGCCCCUGCUCCCUGCUUCCAAGAGGCAAAAGGGCUAAAGCGUCAGGCUUUGCCUGGCGAGGCGGCAGAGCAAGAGCGAGAACCGGUGCAUGGCGUGUGUACGUGUGGGACCCGAGAGUCCAAGAUGACUGACAAUCCCAUUGUUGUUUAUCUGUGUAAUUAGCAGCUAUCCCCAGAAGGUCAUCUCAUGUGGGACAAUGAGAGAGCAACUGUUCAGAAAAGCCAGAGACCUGUAUAAUGUUUAAGAUCUUUCUGAGACCUGUAUAUAUAUAUAUAUAUAUAUAUAUAUACAUAUAUAAAUGGUGAUGUAUAAAUAAACUAUCCAUGGGGACAGGGGAGGGAGGGAGUUCUGCUGAUGUAGAUGGUGACAGAGGCGAAAUACAUGCAAAUUCGAUGUCAGCCUUAGCUAUUGGGGUUUGAACCACUUCUGAGUUAUGUAAAGGAGGUCCUGUGAGAUCCACGUUGCAGGAAGCCCUUGACUUUCCUGGAGUGCUGCUGCAUGGCCUCCCCCUCUGUGGUUGAAGAGCCAACUGUUAAAGCAGGAGAGACGGAGAAACAGGUUAGCAGCCCAGGCUCCCAAGUGAUAGGAGAAGGUGCUCUUGUCGGAGGCAGAGCUGUCCCUUGAUACCGAGAGAUUCAGCCUGCGGGAAACGGUCACCUUCCCUGAAGGAAACGUUUGUUUUCACACUCAAGACUAGCUUUUGUUUCGGCUCGGAUGUCCACUUGGCCCUGCAGCCUUUGCCAAAAUCGGGAAGCUUUUUUUUUUCCGUUUCUGUUUUGCUUCUAUAAGUACAAAAUGGGGAAAAUGUUCACCUACCUCACAAGGAGUAUGUUCACAAUUGAAAAAAAUCUGUAAUAAGUAAGUGUUCUUAUGCUCCUGGUGUUGGGAGCCUUUUGUCCAUGUCCAUCCUCCUUGCUGACUAUUCUGACUCUUUGAAGGGCGGGUCUGUUUCCCCCCCCCCCCCCCCGCCAUUGUAGAGGAGCAGAUGUUCUUGGUAUCUAUCAAGAUGCUGCUGGAGUCUCCCCUGCAACUGCGGACAUGUCUGUCUAUCACUUCAGAAGCUUUUUUGAGCUUUGCUUCGGCCCUCUGUGACCACACUGGCACAGUGCAGAUGCACGUUAGGCCAGUCAUGCACCCCGCAUAAGAUUCUAAUAAUUCAAGAGAUUUUCAAACAAUGCUUUUUUAUAAUUUAAGAAACAUUUCUGUUUCCUCUUCAAUGUUGACCUAAAAAGGCCUGUGGUUCUGGUUUUGGCAUGAGAGUGCAUGGUAGCAUAUUCUCUCCAUCCCGUUUCACCAUGCACCAUUCUCAUCAUUGACCGUUCUACUUAAGUAUCCCUCAUUCUGCUAACGAGGGUACAGCAGUCAACAGCUUGGGUUAAGUUGAACUUGUCACUUCUGGAAAAGGACAGGAAUGGAUCGAGGAGAAGGACAACACCAGGUGUGCCAGUCUUUGGGAGCUGUAGCCAUUGGGCACUGCUAUCGCUCCACAUGGGCGCAUGUUAAGUUGCUGAAGUGUCUGGGGAAACAUUGCCUGUUGGGAGGGAAGAGCUUGAAUACUGGCACUACUGUUGGACUCCUCUUGUCACCACAUCCUCUUGUAAAUGUUGGGAAAGAAGUGCUUUUUCUGUGCCUGCCAAUAUUUAAUUUGGGGAGCAAUUAAACAUCCCUGCUAUAAAGAA